CGUGGCUUCUGACCUCUCCCUUAUCGCGAAGAGAAGCAAAAUUUGGUGAUUUGGUCGAGCACGGCGACGCAUCCACGCGAGCCCGCCUCCCUCUCCAUCCCCUCCACCGUCGUCGAGUUAGACCAAACCGCCAAGCGAAGCCACGACGGAUCGAGCCGCCGCCGCCGCCGCCGUGCACGCCCAUAUCUAGGGUUUCGAUGGAGCCCGCCUCCUCCUCGUCGCCGGCGCCGGCGCCGGAAGCCGCGGCUGCGGGGAGGAGGGUGCCGGAGGCGGCAGAGCUGAAGCUGCGGCGGAGGACGCUGGAGACGGUGCUGGAGCAGUGCCAGCGCGCGCUCGAGAUGAUGCGGGAGGCUGAUCUGGGCAUCGCCGUGUCUGAGGAGGAGGAGGAGGAGGAGGGCGCCGACGCCGUGGCGGCGAAUCCGGAGGUGGGGGGCAGCGACGGGUGUGAUGAGGAGGGUGCGCCGCCGCCGUCUCCGCCGUCGGAGGCCGACUACGAGACGGACGAGUUGUGCGAUCUUCUCAAAUCGAGGGUUGCAUCGCCUGAAUUUCUUGAAAAACUCGAUAAUAUUCAGAAGUCGGUAUAUCAAAAUGGUGCAGAUGAAACUAUAUCAUGGGAUAUCAUAAGUGCGGCAGACAUAUGGGACGACAUUGACAAGGGUAUGAACAUUAGUGAUGAUUCAGAGGAUGGAUAUGUUCUCAUUAAACAAGAGGACAUAGUUGAUGGUAUUGCAAGCUUCAUGGCUGCAUACUUGCUGUCGCUGAAACAAACUAAGGACUUGACACCUAAUCAACUUCAACAAGCUCUUAGCAAGACCUUUUCAGCUAAGAAGAGGAAAAGCAAGCUUCAGAAAGCAUGGGAUGGAACAAAAGUUAUUUAUAAUAUAGCAUCAUGGAGUGCAACUGCUAUUGGCAUCUACCAGAAUCCAGCAAUUCUAAAAGCAGCAACUGCUGCCUUCUGGACUUCCUGCCGUGUAGCAUCCAAGUUUCUGUGAAUAGUCCAUGGCUGGUCGUUGUGGUGCUGUGUACAUUGUGUGACUACGGCAACGAUGUUGCUUCCCCGUGCCAUCUGUCAAGGGGAAAAUACUUUUGCCAAAACAUUGUAGUACACUCAAUUAUAUGAUGAUGUAAUUCUAUCGAGAUCCUCCACCACAGGUUCACAGGUUGAUUGACAGUUAGUUCAUGUGUCAGGAAAGAUUUCAGCUCAGACCACAUUUGUUAUGAACAUGUGGGCCUGGUCUAUAGUAUCUUGCACCUGAUCUAAUGGUUGGAGGACACCUCCCUCCCUGUGUUUACCUGUAUCAUUUGUAUCAGACCACCUCCGGUUUGUGAUUCCUUUGUACAUAUAAGCCCGUUCAUUGUAAAUAUAUCAGCCAUUCAACACUCCAACAGUGUAUCCGUCCAAUUGUAAAUAUGUCGAUUCGUUUGAAUAAACUCAUCGAUCACAUGGCUUUCACUC